AAGGAACUGGCGAGUAUAUAAAAGGAAGGUACUCGGUGACGCCGAGUGCCAGUGAGUGCCAGUCAGCGGUGGAGGCCUGUAGUUCUCGUACUCUUCUCCUUCUUUGGCGCGGUUUCUUCUUCUUGAACGUAAUGGCUCGCGCCUCUAUUUCCGAGCCUGAGACCGAGGGAGGAUUUGAUGGCAUGUUGAGUGCCAUCGGAUUUGGCAGGUGGCAGGUAAUCAUCCUGUUGCUCCCCAUAUUCACCAUGGCGGUCUACCCAACCCACCUGCUGGGGGCGUCCUUUUUAAAUGCCCCUCUAUCCUUCAGAUGUUGGUCGGACGAAGCUGAGAUGUUCGCUUGCGUUGCGGACGGAGAAAACUGCCCGAACCGGAAUGAUCUCGACGGAGCAGCAGCAGAAGGAGCCGCGAACGGAUCUUCGUACUACGACAGCGUCUGUCUCACAUCUGCUGCGGAACCGCCGGCUGGUGGUGGUGGCGGUGAUGGUGGUGGUGGAGCUGAUGAUGGAGGAGCCGCUAGCCUGCUGCUCUUCAAUGACAGCUACGGAAUCCACAGAACUUCCAUGUCCUCCUGCCCCAUCGUGGAAUACGACACCUCCGUCUUCCAGUUGACCGUCAUGUCGGAGUUUGACCUGAUUUGUGAACGAUCGUACCUGAGACCGCUGUUUGCAACUCUGGGCACCGUUGGUACGAUGUUUGGCAGCAUGCUGGGUGGAUUCGUCGGGGACAGGUGGGGUCGCAUCAAGGCAGUCAGAAUUGGCGCGAUUGUGAACGUGAUCUUCGUGGGAAUUAUGGUCGUAUCCCCCAAUUACCCGCUGAUCCUCCUGACGAGGUUUUUGGCGGGAGGGGCUGUGUCAGCCUGCCUUGUCCCUGCUUGGAGCGCAGCUCUGGAGAGCACUCCAAACGGUGGGCGAGCACUGGUGGGAAUGCUGCUAGGCCUACCCUUCAGUUUCCUGCUCUCUGCCCUCGCUGGAUUGGCGUAUUUCAUCCGCAACUGGAAGUACUUGAUGAUGGCUGGGUCGUCUCCCGUGUUACUCCUCGUCGUAGUAUCUUUCCUAGCUCCGGAAUCUCCCCGUUGGCUGCUUCAGAGAGGUAGGGGCGAGGAGGCACGGAAAGUUCUCCGGUUGGCGGUGAAAUUGAACAGAUCUGAAGGGAAGUUAAAUGUGGAUUCCUGCGUAGACAAAUUUAUCAAGGUGUUCAGGGAGGAGGCGUCUGCAGCUGCCUCGAAAAACUCGGAGAACAAGUUGUCUGUGGUCGAGAAGUUCAGGAAAACGCUGAAGAUGCUCUUCUCGCCCGCCAUGAGGGUCAUCAUCGUCUGCCUUGGCAUCAUCUGGAUUCUGCACAAUCUGCUCUACGUGGGAGUUGCUCUCAACACCAACAAUUUUACUGAUGAUCCAUUCCUGUACGUCGCCCUCACCGGCCUCAUGGACGGCUCCGCGGUCAUCCUCAUGACGCCCCUUACCUCCUGCUUCGGUCGACGCACGCUGCUCAUGAUAGGAUUCCUCGGGGGAGGAGUUCUCUUCUUCUUGGACUUUGCUGUCACGCCAGAAUUAGAAUGGCUCCGGUGGGUGCUGGUGAUGGCCGGGUUGUUCUUCGUCGCUGGAUCUCUGCAGGUGAACUUCCUUUAUGCACCCGAGGUGUUCCCAACGGAGAUACGAGCCAGGGGCUUCGCUUUCGUCCAAGUUCUGGGGGGCAUUGGGUCCUCAGCCGCCCCCUUCAUCACAGACGUCUUGUCGCAGACAGUCCACUGGGGACCUACUGUUGUCUUUGGGUGUUCGGGAAUCGUAGGAGGUUUGUUGUUCCCCUUCCUGCCAGAAACCAAAAACCAGCCUCUACCAGACACAGUCGAAGAAAUAGAAGAAAUUCGCAGAAAUAAGAAAGAACAGAAGAAGGAGAAGAAGAAAACAAAGAGUUUAGAAGGCAUUGAAAACCAGUGUUAUGUUGAGGAAGGCAGUUGCACUCAUCUCUGAAGGAAGAAAGCUCAACAGAAUCUGGAGAUGAUGUAGCUUGAAUGCUACCUAAGUCGAUGACCAUCAAUUACAUCUGUGAUAUACUUUGUCCAUGGGAUGCAGGUGGCAUUGCGUUGCUUUGGCGAUUCAGACGAUGUAGUCGAGUUAGGAGGUAUACAUAUCCCAACCCCACUUCCUUAGUGUUCCCGUAGUUCUGCUUGUGGGUUUAUGAUAUGGUUUCUCUGAUGCCAGAUGAUUUUUGACUAAAUGCCACUGCUCGUACAAAACCUCAGUUACAUUAACUACCCAAAGAGGCAGUUUUGAAAUGAUCCGAGCAUAUGUUGUGAUAGAGGAUCAGGAAAAGAGGAGCCUCUGUUUAGGAAUGGUGGUAUAACUGCCAGGAAUUUUAUAAAUAUUUUGUAUUCACGUUGAAGUGCAUGUUGCCUUACCUUGAGGUAGGGUGGAGUAGAAGACUGUAAAUCUUAUUUAUUUUUCGUAAAUAAACUGCCAUUUAAAAUUAAACUGUGCCAGUGAGUCAUAUAAUACUAAUGCGAUGGGACGACCACUGACUGAUCUCCCUUGAAAAUGGAUGACAUUGAUUUGUAAAGAAUCUUUUCAGAAGCGAAUACGUACUAGGAACUUUCUGUGAAUAUUCUACUGUACAUUAUCUGUAUAUAUUGAAUUAAGUCAUGAUUAAGUAAAGGUUCCAAAGUAUA